CCGUCACAGAGUUCCGCAAUUUACUGGAAUAGCAGAACGAUUGGGCUGCAACGCGAUGCCGCCUGUCAUAUAACACAAAAUGCCCUCCCAUUCCCUCUGAUGCUUAGCUCCGAUCCCUUUGAGCCUGGUGACGAACCAUAGUGCGCCGUUGUCGAGAGCCAUACACCUCACCUUCCUCCCACGUCUGUCUCCAUGGCCCCUCCACGACCGGCUCUGGCCCAAAGCGAAUCCAAAGCCCGAUUUUUUGAGCGUCUCGGCCUCGACGAACGAAAUGAAUUCCACCGACGAGUAUAUGCAAUGAUGAAGGAAGAAGCCGUCGAAGGCCGCCGACGCAUGACCGAAUCCCAGGACGUCCUCGUUCCUUCCCUCAGAGGCAACACAAACGUGGAACCACCAUAUAGCAAUGCCCAAAUCAGCGAAACCGUCACGCACCGCGAAAUCUUACGAAUAUAUCGUCUAGCUCGCCCGGAAACCCGAGUAGUCUACGAUCUCGGCCGCGACACCGAUCGAGUUGAAGAGGAAAAUUGGGUAAUACGUUGGAUGUUGUGGCAUGUCUUUCGAUAUCGGGACAGUCGCAAUCGAAAUAGACGGCACAUCUCCCCCAGCCCGGAACGUCCUCCACAACCGAAUCCUAGUAUAGCCGCUGUGACGUCGGGUCAUCGAGGCGGCUCUUCCUCACAACAUCCAGCGUCAGCGUCAGCCGCCCACCGACAGAGUUAUUAUUGGGAUCCCGUUCGCAACCAGUGGUGCUUCCGAUGACGACACUUACUCGCCGCUGACGAUACCAUUUUCUGUCACGCACACAUCAAGCGCCCCGAAGAUCUCUCAGCAACGAUGAGUGGGGGACUUGGGGUCGUUCACACGCACAGCGGGCACAGGGGCGACGGACAGACUUCUGGCCAUCACCAAAUCAAGCGAGCUGGCUCCGCUUCGAUUUUCUCCUUGUGACUAAGCCACUCCGCUUCGAUCUCCCUUUCUGGCUCGGUCGGUCUGCUUCCACUUCUCUUCCAGCCGGACCGAUUCCUUGCAGGACAAGCUUUCCAAGUCCCAGGAGUACAAGAUCUUGCUGGUUUGCGGACAAGCACAGAUAGCGUCGGAGCACCACCGCUGCAGUGUGAGCUUCGGACGCAGCAGGGGAAUUGCGACACCGAUGUUGUAGAGGAGAC